AUGCCAAACCCUACUCUACUCACGGCCGCAGGGUACGGCUCCCUUGUCGUUGCCAUAAUGCAUGCGAUCUCUGGGAGAGAAUUUCAGCGAAUCCGCCAGUUUCAGGAACUACCAAAUAUCGCAUACGUUCGCAGCACUGUUGGAUGGUAUCAAGGAAGUGGCUAUCUGAUUCUCAAUGCUUUACUAAAUCUCAAUUGGGCAAAGAAUCCCCAAUCUUUGGAUGAUCCUCUGAACCGUGCUAUGGCUGCUAUUAUGGUCGUUAUUGCCUGGGCUAGCUCUGCUUGGUAUCUUCGCGGAGGAGUGAAAGCAAGCGGGUUGCUGACGGCUGUUGCUGGUAUAUUCCAGGCAUGGGCAGCUCUUUGCUGA